AUGAGACUCUUAGAGAAAAUUAAAAUAAACUCACAACAGAGAUGGAUGGUAUGUUAUAAACUUGGUGGAAAGUAUGAAUGUUCUACGUUAAACCUCAAUAAUAUUGGAACAUUACUACAUCAGCUCUUGAAGGAGAACUUUAUAUCAGAGAUAGAAGCAAAUGCUGCAGGUAUUGUUGAAAUGCACUAUGACUUCUUCUUGACAAACAUAAAGAAUCUUACCGAAAUAAAGAUGUAUGAUUUAACAGAAUAUGAAGGCUUAACGAUGUCAGAUGUAAAGAAAGGCAAACCAAAAAAGAGACCAUAUAGAGAUGAAAGCACACUGACAAAUGACCAGAAAGCCAUUUUGGAAGCUCUUAAGCAAACAGGAAACCCAGCACUUAUAGAAAGCUUUUGGAAAGAUAAUGGUGAAAAGAAGUUUUAUAAGAAGAGAAGCGGUCAGUUCUGGAAGUAUCUUUGCACAUUACCUAUAAAUCUUGAACGCUACCAAAUCUUCAAUGAACUGAACAAAAGAACUGCAACACUUAUGACAGAAGACAAUUGUUUCGUUUAUGCUUGCAUUCAGGCUGGAGUAGAUGAAGAAACUAUUGACCACAUGAGAGAAGUCAUUCGUGUUAGAGACUUUCCUCAAAGUAAAGUACAAGAAAUUUCUGACGCAACAGGUAUAGUAUUUAAUGUUACCAUUGGUUACUUCAAUGACUCAAGACAUAAUGAAAUAAAGAGAUACAUACCAAAAGAAUGUGAAACUGUUCGAACUAUUGACUUACUUCUUGUUGAAGACCACUACAUGCUAAACGAAAGAUUACCAAUGACAACAUAUUUCAUUCGCAACUAUAUAGAAAUUCUCAAAGCUU